CAAUAUAAUAAAUAAUACUGAAAGAAGUCUUGUUCGGCAAGACGCCGGAGAAAAGCAAAAUCGGAAUCGAACAGAUCUUAAAGCAAAGAAGAAGAUGGAGUGCGUAUUCGGUCUAGUCGGGAAGGGAUUCGCCAUCGUGGCGGCAGAUACAUCGGCGGUGCACAGUAUCCUUCUCCACAAAAACAACGAGGACAAGAUCAUGCUCCUUGACUCCCACAAGCUCGUCGCUGCCAGCGGCGAGCCUGGUGAUCGGGUUCAGUUCACGGAGUACGUUCAGAAGAACGUGUCGCUGUACAAGUUCCGCAACGGCAUCCCUUUGACUACCGCCGCCGCUGCCAACUUCACUCGCGGUGAGCUCGCCACCGCCUUGAGGAAGAACCCGUAUUCUGUGAAUAUCCUGAUGGCUGGCUACGAUGAAGAGAGCGGUGCCUCCCUUUACUACAUCGACUACAUUGCAACCCUUCACAAAGUUGACAAGGGAGCUUUUGGUUACGGCUCUUACUUCUCCCUCUCCACCAUGGACAGGCAUUACCGCGAGGAUAUGUCUGUGGAAGAAGCCAUUGAACUGGUGGACAAGUGCAUACUUGAGAUCCGGUCAAGACUGGUCGUUGCGCCACCAAACUUUGUGAUCAAGAUUGUUGACAAAGAUGGAGCUCGUGAUUACGCCUGGCGUCAGUCCGUACAGGACGUCACAACUGCGGCUGUCUGAGUUGUUGUGUUUGGUUCCAGAAUUUAUGUUUCCUCAGCUGUGACAUUUGCUUUUGUUGGGAGAUUUGUGUGUUUUGACAUUUUAUUUAGUUUGAGAAUCAACAUUAAUCAUCAAGCAAACGAGAACAAAUAUAAACUUAUAAUUCU